AAGUCCAGAGUUGGAGCAGAAGCAGGAAAGGCACAAUGGAAGCUCUGCCAUCCAAGUUCAUGUUCCUCCUAUUUCUCCUCAUGUGUGAGCUGGCCCCAGAAGUUGCUGCAGAAGUUGAGAAAUCCUCAGAUGGCCCUGGUGCUGCCCAGGAACCGACGUGGCUCGCAGAUGUCCCAGCUGCCAUGGAAUUUAUUGCUGCUACUGAGGUGGCUGUCAUAGGUUUCUUUCAGGAUUUAGAAAUACCAGCAGUGUCCAUGCUCCCUAGCAUGGUGCAAAAGUUCCCAGGUGUGUCAUUUGGAAUCAGCACUGAUUCUGAGGUCCUGACCCACUACAAUAUCACUGGGAACACCAUCUGCCUCUUUCGCCGGGUGGAUAAUGAACAACUGAAUUUAGAGGACGAAGACAUUGAUGCCACCAAAUUGAGCAAUUUCAUUGAGAUCAACAGCCUCCACAUGGUGACAGAGUACAAUCCUGUGACUGCAAUUGGGCUAUUCAACAGCGUAAUUCAGAUUCAUCUUCUCCUGAUAAUGAACAAGGCCUCUCCAGAGUAUGAAGAGAACAUGCAAAGAUACCAGAAGGCAGCCAAGCUCUUCCAGGGGAAGAUUCUCUUUAUUCUGGUGGACAGUGGUAUGAAAGAAAAUGGGAAGGUGAUAUCAUUUUUCAAACUAAAGGAGUCUCAGCUGCCAGCACUGGCAAUUUACCGGACUAUAGAUGAUGAGUGGGAUACACUGCCCACAGUAGAAGUUUCCGUAGAGCAUGUCCAAAACUUUUGUGAUGGAUUUCUAAGAGGAAAAUUGUUGAAAGAAAAUCAUGAAGCAGAUGAAAAGCCUCCAAAGGUGGAACUCUGACUUCUCCCUGGUACUGCAUAUGACCAAGUGUCUACUUUAUGCAAAGUAAAAAGGCCCAACUCAAAUCUCAGAGACGCUAAACAGUAGGAUCACAAAGCCUGCAAACCAUAUACACAC